CAACUGUCACUCUCAAUUUUGAGCCACCGCGCAACAAAAAUUAGAAAUAGGACAUGUGGCAACUUCCUGCCCCGUGUACAACCACAACAACCCACAAAAAAUAAUCCAAAAUAUGAAAAUACCGACAAAAACUAAGCCUCGUCACGAUACGAAGACGAUUCUAAUCGACUAAGAAUGGCCCACGAGCGCUACUCUCCACCCGAAAUCAAAAUCGCUCAAAUCAGCCUCUGGGAUAGCCUCCAGCGAUGCAAUCAGUGCCAGUUCAUGGCCGACACAAAAGUCAGUCUUGAAGAUCACAUUCAAAAGUUCCACCCGAAAGUGUGGUUCAGUUGCGCCCUGUCAACACUUGAACUGUACAAAUGCAGUAAAUGCGGCUUUGAAACAAGUGUAGUCGUCGAUUUUCAUAAACACAGGCAGCAACAUAGCACUGGAGGAAAGUUAGAUGGUUGUUUACAAGACCAUCAGAGUUACAACUGUCGCAAUUGCCAUUUUCAAACGUAUUCUCAGUUGGUGUUUUUAAAACACGCGUACUGGGCUUGUCGUACCAUUAAAAACAGGAAGUGGGGAAGAUUCAAGUGUUCUCGGUGUAGUUUUAUUACAAUUAGUAGAAAGUCGCUACGAUGGCACAAACUGUAUAAACAUACAGUUCUCAGAAACGUGGAGUGGGUGCAGUGUAACGAGUGCAACUACAGAACUAAGUUUAAACACCUUUUGAUUAAACACAAAAUUAAUAAACAUAGGGUUAAAAGUGAUGUGCUAAAGUGUGAUUAUUGUAUGUUUAAAACGUCACACUAUUAUGACUUGUGUAAACAUAUACGGACUAAACAUUUACCAGCCUUGUCAACUACUUUGUAUCAGUGUAGAUACUGCAUGUUCCAGACUAAAUGGAAGUCCUAUUUGAAAAAACACGUUCUGUCACAUCAAAUUCCUAAAAAUAUCAAAUGGUUUGAAUGUGCACAGUGCAUGUUUAAGACUCGUUACGAAGGUUAUUUCAAGCGCCACCUCCAGAACCACGGCGCCGACGUAGAAAUCACCUGGUUAAAAUGUGAGCAGUGUUCCUACCAAGCUAACCACCCCACGAGUUUACAAAGACACAUCCUUGAAGGUCACCGUCCCGAAAACAUCGAGUGGUUAGACUGUGACCAGUGCUCCUACCGAGCUAAGUGGAAAUUCCUCCUUAAAAAACACAUCCUAGUAAAACACACCGCCUACGAAGACAUCCAGUGGUACUUCUGCGACAAGUGCCCCUUCAAAACUAAAUGGAAACCCAACCUCACCACCCACUCCCAAAAAAAACACACCAACCCUGAAGAUUUCAUCGCCUGUCAACAAUGUCCGUUCAAAACCAUCUCCAAACACAUGUUAAACCGCCACAUCCAAAGCGAACACACCCCCAUCGAAGACAUGAAGUACUUCAAGUGCGACCAUUGCACGUACAAGGCGAAAUUUAGGGCCUAUUUGAAAAAGCACGUGCAGAAUAUGCACACAGCUCCGGAGGAUAUCAACUGGUUUUGUUGCGAAGAGUGCGACUAUAAGACGAAGCGCAAACCGGAUUUGAAUAAUCACGUGCGGUUGAAGCAUUCAGAGGUGUCUAGGGUCACUCUGUUCAAGUGUGAGCAGUGUCGGUAUAUUACUAAGCGGAAGUACCAUUUGCAGAAUCACGUUUUGGCUAAACAUACUGAGUCUAAAGAUGUUAAGUGGUUUCAGUGCGAGUUUUGCCCCUAUAGGGCUAAGUUUAGCGUUAACUUGAAGAGGCACGUGGAGAGUAACCAUAGUACUCCGGAGGAUGUUAAAUGGUUGAGGUGUGAGCGGUGCUCGUACAAAACUAGGUGGAAAAGGUGCUUGAAGAUACAUUUGGCGAACCACGAAAUGAGAAAUGAGGUGGAUGUAGAUGUUUGAUUUAUGUAUUUGUUGUUUUUGAUGUUUGGAGGAUUAUAAUGAUGUUGAAUAAAGUGUAAUAUU